CGGAGCGGAGCGGCUGAGGUCGGUUCCGCCAUGGCGGAGCACGGGAAGCGUGGGGCGGUGCCGUGGGACGCGCCCUGCUCCGGCCCCGCUUAAAGCGCCGCGGGAUGGGGCCGCCCGGCACCGCCCGGCACCACCGGCAGAGAGCUCACCAUGGUCAACGAGACCCAGCAUAGCUGCAGUGCCAGCUCCAGCUCCAAGUCCGAUGGUGGCAGCAGCAGUGGGAGCGAGAGCUCCAAGGACAGCUCGCGCUGCUCCACCCCUGUCCUCGAUGCUGACCGGCAUGAGCGCCUGCGGGAGAAGAUGCGUCGACGCCAGGAUGCUGGAGACAAGUGGUUUUCCCUGGAAUUCUUCCCUCCACGCACAGCCAAUGCUGCUGUCAAUCUCAUCUCCAGGUUUGACCGCAUGGGAGCAGGUGGUCCACUCUUCAUUGAUGUGACGUGGCACCCUGCAGGGGAUCCGGGAUCUGACAAGGAAACCUCUUCCAUGAUUAUUGCCAACACUGCAGUCAACUACUGUGGCCUGGAGACCAUCCUGCACAUGACAUGCUGCAAUCAAACUAGGGAUGAUAUCACAGGGCAUCUGCAGAAGGCCAAGAGGCUUGGGUUGAAGAACAUCAUGGCCUUGCGUGGAGAUCCUGCUGGUGAGGAGUGGGAGGAAGAAGUAGAUGGUUUCAACUAUGCCAUUGACCUGGUUAAGCACAUUCGCAAUGAAUUUGAUGAUUACUUUGACAUCUGUGUGGCAGGCUAUCCCAAAGGUCAUCCUGAAGCAGAGAGCUAUGAGGCAGACUUGAGGCACCUGAAGGAGAAAGUCUUUGCUGGGGCAGACUUCAUCAUUACGCAGCUUUUCUUCCGAUCAGAAACCUUUCUCAAGUUCAUGAAGGACUGUCAAGCCAUUGGCAUCACCUGCCCCAUUAUUCCUGGCAUCUUCCCCAUACAGGGUUACCACUCCCUGCGCCAGCUGGUGAAGCUCUCCAAGCUGGAAGUGCCUCAAGAGAUCAAAGAUGUGAUUGAACCCAUCAAGGACAACGAUGCAGCUAUCCGGAACUAUGGGGUGGAGCUGGCAGUGUCCAUGUGCCGGGAGCUGUUGGAUAGUGGCAUGGUGCACGGGCUCCAUUUCUACACCCUCAAUCGGGAAGUGGCUACUACCGAAGUCCUGAAGCGCCUGGGCAUAUGGAAGGAGGACCCCAGGCGGCCUCUGCCCUGGGCAGUGAGUGCUCACCCCAAGAGAAGAGUUGAAGAUGUUCGGCCAAUCUUCUGGGCCUCCAGGCCAAAGAGUUACAUCUAUCGAACUCAAGAGUGGGAUGACUUCCCCAAUGGCCGAUGGGGUAACUCCUCCUCCCCAGCCUUUGGGGAACUGAAGGACUAUUACCUCUUUUACCUGAAGAGCAAGUCUCCUCGGGAGGAGCUCCUGAAGAUGUGGGGAGAAGAGCUGACUGGUGAGGAAAGCGUCUUUGAGGUGUUCACAUGUUACAUCACUGGAGAACCCAACAAGAAUGGGCACAAGGUUACGUGUAUGCCUUGGAACGAUGACCCUCUUGCUACAGAAACCAACCUUCUGAAGGAGCAGCUGGAGAAGGUUAACAGACGAGGAAUCCUGACCAUCAACUCCCAGCCAAACAUCAAUGGGAAACCGUCCACAGACCCCAUUGUCGGCUGGGGGCCCAGUGGGGGCUAUGUUUUCCAAAAGGCAUACCUGGAGUUCUUCGCCUCCAGCGAGAUCGUCACGGCAUUGCUCAAGGUGCUGAAGAAGUAUGAGUUGCGAGUGAACUACCACAUCGUCAAUGUCAAGGGCGAGAAUAUCACCAAUGCUCCAGACCUGCAACCCAAUGCUGUCACCUGGGGCAUCUUCCCAGGCAGGGAGAUCAUCCAGCCCACUGUAGUGGACCCUGUAAGCUUCCUCUCCUGGAAGGAUGAGGCCUUUGCACUGUGGAUUGAGCAAUGGGCCAAGCUCUAUGAAGAGGAGUCACCCUCUCGCAUGAUCAUCCAGUACAUUCAUGACAACUACUACUUGGUCAAUCUGGUGGACAAUGACUUCCCACUGGAAAACUGCCUCUGGCAGGUUGUGGAUGAUACUUUUGAGUUGUUGAACUCUCAGACUCAGCAGUGAAAAUUCCUAUUCCAGUCCCUUACUUCCUCCUUCCGUCCACUGACUGUGGGGAGAGCUAAAGAAGCUCCUGUGCUGAUGGAGGAGCAUGCACUCCUAAACCCAGUGACCAGGCUAGUUCUGAUCCAUCCACACUACAUGCACUCCUGUCCCCAACACAAAGGCUCCCUGACCCCUUCUUACUGAACAAUAGCCAGAACUACUCCAGCCUCUCAGCUGAGGCUCUAGACUGAGCUUGAAGGCCAGCUCUGCAGGAUGAAGAGGGGCUUAUCAUGGCUACGUUGAUUACAUGAUAACCCUUAUGCAUCAAUGUGAUAAAACUCAGAGAGGUUCUGGUAGCUUUUUCAUGUCAGAAAUGCUGCCUUGGGGGCAGAAACACUCCUGUCAGCAGUGCCUAUGCAACAAAGCUAUCUCAGUAGUUACCAGCCAUCAAAAGCAGCUCAAAUUUAUUUUACAGUACACUCCUAGGAUGUAUUCCUUCAUAACUGAUCAUAUCAGGCUCUUUUGCACUCACUCCAGAAGCAGGUUCAAAUUUUCUCCUAUCUUUUCUCCUUUUAUUGUAUUUCCUGUUUCCUUUUUACUGGAAAAAUGUACAUUUCUCUUCUGGAUGAGACUGAGCAGGAAUCACACUAUUUCUUAGAUUAAGUACAAUAAAAUACACAAAUAUAA